GUUGUCGGGUCUUCCAAGCGAAAUGCAGUAGGCAUGGCUGUGACCCUGAGUUUCGCGAUAGGAUUCUUCGUCCUUUCUCUACUGGCUUACUUCCUGCGAACCUGGCGGAAUCUUCAGCUGGUCCAAGCAUUGAUAAUGUACCCACUCCUAUGCUAUUGGUGGGUACUUCCAGAGUCUCCGAGAUGGCUGAUCAGUAAACAACGAUUCACGGCCGCCAAGGAUGUCCUUAAGAGAGCUGCUCGGAUAAACAAGGUUACCAUACAAGACCGAGUCUCGGAUCUGCUCGCAAAGCCAGCUGAAUCCAACGAGAACACAAAGAGUUUCACAAUAAUUGACCUCGUGCGAACCCAUCGGAUGCGCAAAAUCACAUUGACGAUGUGCUUGGUAUGGAUGUUCAUAGCAGGAGUCUAUUUUGGCCUAAUUGUCGGGACGACAGAUCUAGCCGGAGAUCCGUACGUCAACUUUGCCCUGGGUGCAGCUCUGGAAAUCGGGCUGGCUAUUCUAGGGUGGGCGGGCAUGGAGAGAUGGGGCAGGAAACCAGUCAUAGCAGGGUCCGCUUUACUUGCAGGGACAGGUUGCCUGGUGACAGCGGCUACAAAGGAACUACCGACUAUUUCCCGUAAUUUUGCCUUGGUCGGCAGAGUUGUCAUCGGAAUUACUUACAACUGUUUUAUCGCAUACUCACCUGAGGUUUUCCCGACUGUAGUAAGGAGCAUGGGCAUGGGUGUGGCCACCGCGUUUUCCCGCAUUGGCAGCAUAUCGGCUCCCUUCGUGACGCUCCUGGGCGAUGUCUGGCUGCCCCUCCCCAUGGUGACGUUUGGUGUGGCGGCUUGUGCAGGCGGUUUGGCUGUCUUCUUGCUCCCGGAAACACUUGGAGUUCCCCUGCCUGAAACUAUAGAGGAUGUGGAGAAUGGAAAGCCACAACAAAGCGACAACGACAGCUCUGCGAACUAUACAAACCCUCGGACCGAACAUGACCCCUUCAAAAACAUGAAACAUUUAUCGUUAGAUAACUUCCAUCCGUGGCCUCUUUCGGUAAGAAUCAAUUGAGAGCAAUGAGACAAAAGAGUAAACCAUCAUUUAUUUCUGUUACAUGGCGCCGAUGUUGCAGGUAGCCCUUGUCACUAAUGUCAUAAAUGUUACAUUUUCUUCCUAGACCUGUUUAUACAAAAAUAUUGUUAACUUGACUAAACCAUAGAUCGUGUUUAGAACGACCGCGUUGAUAUCGUAACAUUUAUUUGAGCCAUGGUUAUCUUGCAUCCAAUUUUUGAGUUUAAACUGUUGCUUUCCUCUCUUGGCUUGAAGAAAAUGUUUGAGAUAGAAACCUGUCUUAGCAAGUAGGACGAAGAUAAGCGACGAACCAAAGUUUGUUCGUGUAACGUUAUAACGUUAUGUUUCAAUCAAUCCAAGCAAGUUCGAUGCUUCGUCCUAGAAUUUGAUGACGGGGCUGUUUAGAGAGACAUUUAUAUCGACUCUUGAUCUGAUUGUAUUCAUAUCUUCUUAGCCGACGUGGGGACUGGAACUUCAAUGUGUUCUUUAUGUUGAAAUUUAGGAAAAGUGGUGGUUUCGACGUGGGAAGAUUUCUGCCAAAUAACCACUGACAAUUUUGUGUAUUUUCAUUUUUUAUGUUGUAUUGAAUGCUAAAAUGCUAGGUCAUUGUAGUUAGUUGAAUAGAAUUAUGUUGGCGUCUCUCUAGAUUUUAGAUAUUUGAGUGUGGAUAACAUACCUACAUGGUAUGUAUUUGAAUUGUUUAUUGUUUUUUAGAGUAAAUAACAUGUAGGCUUGUCUUCACAGACUUACAAUCAACCUUCUUUUUUAAGAUACUGUUGUUGAAAUCGCAAGUUUGUUAGUACAAUAAUGUUGUAUUACUCUCUUUGUUUAUAUAUUAUGUAGUUUACACGUCUUGUACAUGUGUACGCUGUUGAGACCGUUAAUCUGUAUGUAAACAUGGCACGUUUUGUC